AUGCAAUUCUGGUUUUUGAUGAUAACAAUAUUCUACACAAUUCUCACCACUCCUUAUCAUUUUUAUCCGGCUGAAGUCCGUUGCUCCGUUGGCUUGUUUCAUGAAUUGGGAAUCAGUUCGAGGUAUCAGCUCUAUCUUAUCAAUGUGGUUUACGGUGGAAUAGUUUCUGCGGUGAUUCUUCUUUUUGAAAAUAGACAUCGACAUUUGAUUCCAUCCACUGAAACAUUUUAUAAAACAAAUAGAACUCAUCGAUUUCUCCUUGGCCUUCUUAAUUUUUUAAUUGGUAGCUCAAAUUUCUGGACGAUAUUUUUACAAGAUGUGAUUCAAGAACGGCAGAAACUAGAAUAUCUGAAACUAGUUCCAUGUCCGACUGAACUUUAUUUCGAUUCUUGUUCAAGUGCAUUUUUUCGAACUCCAUCGAUUUGGAAUAAUAUUAUCCUGGUUUCAAGUCUCAUUGUUCCAAUUCAAAUCGUAUUUUUUAUUGCUCACAGUAUGAUGUAUUUACGGAAAAGUCACAACAUGAAUGCGUUCUCCAAACGGACUAAAAAACUUCAAAAAGCUUUCUUUCAAGCAGCUCUUGCUCAAGUUUCUUCACCUAUUUCUGCAUUGCUCAUUCCAUUAUCUCUGUUGAUCUUUAUUUUGCGAACAAAGCAAUAUUUACCAGGACUCAUCAAUGCAUGCAUCUUAUUUAUCCCAUCUCAUAGUGUAUUUUCUACUGCUGCUCUCAUUAUUUUCAAUGUUCCUUAUCGAGUUUUUGUGAAGAAAAUACCUACAACUUUGACUGAAUAUUAUUUGACUAAUUAUACAAGAUGCAAUGAAAGAUUUUCUUUUGUUGCUUCUCCUGAUUUUUUAUUAAUAGCAGCCAGAAUCGAAUUUCUUGUGAUUUUCCCGAUCAAUCUACUUGGAUUCUAUUGUAUUGUUUUCAAAUCUCCAAAAUAUAUGAGGGAGUUUCAAUGGCAUUUGUUACAUUUGCAGUUUUGGUUUCUUCUACUUUCCAUUUUCUAUUCUAUUCUAACAACUCCUGUACACUUCUUUCCUGCUCAAGUUCGUUGUUCAAUUGGUUUACUUCGAACAUGGAAUGUCCCACCUGAAUAUCAAGUAUACGUGGUUCAUUUCGUUUUUGCUGGAAUCCUUUCUGCAGUGGUUCUUCUUUUUGAAAGCCGACAUCGUCGCUUAGCACCAACCACUGAUUUUACCUAUAAAAUUCACAAAAGUCCCCGGAUUCUUCUGGGUCUUUUGAAUUUUUCGGUUGGAAUCACGAAUACAAUUCCAGUCGUUUUACAAGAAGAAUCGCAAGAGGAACUUAAACUAAAAAAUCUUGAAAUUCUUCCAUGUCCUAUGGAUUUAUAUUUUGAUUCUUGUUCAUUUGCAUCUUCUAAAAAAAUCACAGGAUGGAGUGUUCUGGCAUAUGCUACCAAUGUGGUUUUUACUUUGGAAAUUGCUUUUUUCAUAAUUCAUUGUUGGAUUUGCCUACGAAGAAGUCAGCUGAUGGAAACCUUCUCAGAGCGAACAAAACGUCUUCAAGUUGCAUUUUUUCGUGCGGCAAUUGCUCAGGUUGCAGCUCCUCUUAUCGUGCUUUUUGUGCCCUUUAUUAUGCUUUUCUACCUCAUUGCAACGUCAUCCAAUUUGCAAGGGUUAAUCAACAUUUGUGUUCUAUUUAUUCCUGCGAAUAGUGCUUUCUCAACAAUCUCACUUCUUAUCUACAAUGCAGCUUAUAGAAAAUUUAUCGUUGGACUUUGGAGAGUGAUCCCAAUGACUGAGAGUUCUCUCAACCGAAUAGCAGUUGCAUCAAGUGUAUGA